AACCAUCUCCCAUCUACUGUGACGAUGUGGACGAGUGUAGUUUUUUUAAACAAAACGAAACGAUGGAUGAACGAUGUGUACAUGGCAUUUGUAUAAAUCAACAUGGCGAUUGGAAUUGUUCAUGCCCUGAAGAUAGAUCUUGGAUGUCCGUUGGUCAAGAUGUGGCUACAUUCCGGUGUCAAGGCAACUACACAUAUAUAGGGACUGUAAGCUUUUCCAGGAUUGUAAAUCAUAGUACAACCUCGACAAUUGAAUCGUUUUUGCUGACGGAGCUCAGAAAACCUUUGCAAAGCAAUGGAUCGGUUGCUGUAGCGGACAACACAUCUAUUGUUAUUAAAGACGUGUUUGUAAACCUCACCAUUUCGCAGAUUUUGGAGAACAAAAUUCCCCUGACCGCUUUAAAUAAGUACUCUUAUGAGUUUCAAAUAAGACUUGGCGAACCAAUCUUAACAGAUGAUUUGGAUCGCAUUAUGAAAACGUAUUUUAAUAAAAAUAGAACUGUUGAUGUACACGUUACUACCUUCUACGACUUUGGUAUAUUCAAUGGUGAGCGAAAUUGUUUAAUCCUAUCGUACAAUUGCAUUCAGCUUUGUGUUCCGGUUGAGUUUUAA